UGCGCGUAAUGGCAGCGCCGUGGCCUCGCGUCCAUCUUUACCGCUCUCUUGGACCUGUCACAAAGGAGACGCACAGCUGCCGCUGUCCCCUCCCUCCGGUGGGCCCGGGAGCUAGAGAAAGUCGGUGCCGCAGCCAGACCGCGCUGCUGUGGGAAGCCCUGUGGAGACGCGAAUUCCCAGUGGAUGACCAGCAUUCCCUGUAGCUGAUAAUGUUGAAGAACAACUCUGCAGCUUUCUUUGGAAUUCAGUUUUUAAACACGAAUAGAAUGCAAGUUCCUCAACUCCAGAUUAUGAAAACAGUACUUGGAAAACUGAAAACUAUCUAAAUGAUUGUCUUUGGUUGGGCCGUGUUCUUAGCGAGCAGAAGCCUUGGCCAGGGUCUGCUGUUGACUUUUGAGGAGCACAUAGCCCACCUAUUGGGGACUAUAGGUGCCACUACUACCAUGGGCAAUUCCUGUAUCUGCCGUGAUGACAGUGGAGCAGAAGACAGUGUUGACACCCACCAGCAGCAGGCCGAGAACAGUGCAGUCCCCACUGCUGACACGAGGAGCCAACCUAGAGACCCUGUUCGGCCUCCUAGGAGGGGCCGAGGACCCCAUGAGCCAAGGCGAAAGAAACAGAAUGUGGAUGGCCUAGUGCUGGACACAUUGGCGGUUAUACGGACUCUAGUUGACAAGUAA